CCAUCCCAUUCUUACUUGGCACCCAACAACACAGCUCAGCACAUUCAUAACAGAAGAAGAUGAGAGCGGCAGAAGAACCACGGUAACACGAAUAGAGUGAGGGAGGAGAAUCCGAACCCUGGUUUUUGCAUGGCGAGCGGGUGGGUCAAGUCGUUGCACUGCAAGUCCAGAGCUUUCGAGGACGUUCACCACCCCAACCCGAAGCAACUCAUGCUGGGCACCAGUUGCAGAAAGAGCGUUCAGAGCAUUAAGGACGUUAUUGAUUCCACCAAGCACAAGCCCAAGAAGAAGCCGAAAUCCUCGUCGCCUAAGCGGCAACCCGGUUCCAAAUAUAAGGCCGAGCCGGUUUCUACCCCGCCCAACCAUUCUAGGCUCAGUGACUCUGCUGCUCGGCCUGUCCGUGCUCCGGACCCGUACCUUCCGGCACUGAUGGAGCUGCAUGAGGGCCAUCCUUCCCGUAAUGUCGUCGAGAUUAUCUUCCACACUAGUUGGAGCCCCAAAGCCUUUACGGGUCGGAUCGAGAUGAUUUUCAAGGUCCAGAACGGUUCGAGAACCGUGACCUGGUUCGAAGAAUAUCGCGAGACGGUGAAGUCCCGGGCCGGUUCGGGCGGCCCGACCGUUGGCGCUACGUGGGAGGAGAACGCGAGGUGCGUUGCGGACGGGAACGAGGUGAUGCGGUUCCAUUGCCUGGGGCCCACCUCGGGCGGUGGAGUUUAUGACUCAAGGGGCGGCGAGUGGGUUUUUCCAGGGCGGAAGGGCAGAGCGAUUUGCACGUUUUCGAGUAGCGGUGGGGCCCACGAGAGGGCGGGUAGUGGGAGGGGGAUGAGAGCAAUGCUGGUGUGCCGGGUAAUUGCGGGUCGGGUGUCGAAGCAACAACGGGUGAACGACUUGGUAAUGGAUGGGCGAGUAGGAUUCGACUCGGUGAGCGGCGAGAAUGGGGAGUUGCUAGUGUUGGAUUCUCGUGCGGUGCUGCCUUGCUUUCUUAUCAUCUAUAAAUUGUAAAAAUACUAGGAAUAUUUUUCAUUUGUUUUUUCGUCGUAUUUAAUUUUUUUUUUUUCUUUCUUUGCAUUUAUCAACACAAUUUUUCGUUUUCUUUUCCUUUUUUUUUUGGAUAUUUUCUGUAAGUUACGAAAAAUUGGGUUGAUAAAUGCUAAUUAACCAUUUUACGAUUUUUUGUCUUUUCUUA